AUGGCGCAGAAACUCACGUUGCAGUCGGUUGUCAAGCUCAACUCGGGCUAUACCAUUCCUCUCCUGGGUUUUGGAGUCUACCGAACAGCUGCCGAUGUUGCUACUGAAGUCUGCAAGGAGGCUUUGAGAAUAGGAUACAGACACAUUGACUCUGCUUCCGGAUACUACAACCAGGGCCCCUCCGCCGCAGGCAUUCCCGCCUCCGGCGUCCCCCGCGAAGAAGUCUUCUUCACCACCAAAGUCCCCGUGCGCGAGAAGCCCCUCGGAUACCAGAAUACGCUCGAUCUGGUCGACAUUGCCCUCCAGGAGACUAAGCUGGACUACCUUGAUCUCGUCCUGAUUCACUCUCCCUACGGUGGUGUUGAGAACCGAAAGGGCGCUUGGAAGGCCCUCGUCGAGUCUGUUGAGGCAGGCAAGGUUCGCUCCAUUGGUAUUUCCAACUAUGGCGUGCACCACUUGAACGAGCUGGAGGAGUACAUCAAGGAACUCGAAUCUGAGCGCGGUGGAGCAGGCAAGGGCGGUGUUAUUUCCGUCGGUCAGUGGGAGAUUCACCCCUGGCUUCCUAGAGACGACAUUGUGCAGUGGUGCCACGCGAGGAACAUUGCCGUCCAGGCGUACUGCCCGAUUGUUCGUGGCGAGCGGUUUGGCGAUCCCAAGGUUAGUGCCGUGGGUAAGAAGUACGGCAAGACGGAGGCGCAGGUUUUGCUGCGGUGGAGUUUGCAGAAGGGGCUUGUUCCUCUGAUUAAGAGUGUUACGCCUAGCCGUAUCGCGGAGAAUGCGGAUAUAUAUGACUUUGAGUUGACGAAGGAUGAGGUUAAGGAUUUGACGACGACGGAGUAUAGCCCUUGUGCUUGGGAUCCUACUGUUGAGCCUCUGGACAGGUAA